AACCGAACAUUGCUAUCUUAACUUCACUAAUCAAACCAAACUUGUGGAUUAUCAAAAAUGUAUUUUUCUUCGUUUAAAGCAAGUUUAUUUCUUUUAUUAUUUAAAUUCACUAGUACUUCACAACAUUUAAUUGCUAAGAUACCUGUUACAACUAUGGUGGAUUCACAGAUGGAUUGCAAUACAUUAAGAAUGGGACAGUAUUUAUGUCCCGAUCCCAAAUUAAAUCAAAUCGACCCUAAAACGCAACAAUUCAAAGGAUGCACCAAAGAAAAUAAAGCGAAAGUGUUGUGUAUAGCUGUGGAGGGAAUUAUUUGUAAAGAAACUAGUAAUUCCUCAUUUACAAAGGAUUUGCCUUGUAAAUGGACGAAUGGUUAUUCAUUUGAAACGGCUUUGUUGUUAUCUGUAUUCUUGGGAAUGUUUGGAGUAGACCGUUUUUAUUUGGGUUAUCCAGCAAUGGGCCUAGCUAAGUUUUGCACAUUAGGAUUUAUGUUUGUUGGUCAAUUAAUUGACAUCAUUUUAAUAUCGACUCAAGUAACAGGACCGGCUGAUGGGUCUGGGUAUAUUAUGCCAUAUUAUGGUCCUCAAUUAAAAAUUAUUCGUAGUGAUAACUGGACUUAUAGAUUAAGACAGGAUGAUUGGUAGCAAUACCUCUAUAUGUAUUAUAAAUAAGAUGUACAGAUUGCUAUAAGAUUAUAGGCUAUGUUAAAUAUUUGUAAAUAUAAUAACUUUAAUAAUUGUU